UCUUGAAGAGAACUCUCGAGUCCAUUCCUGUAGGACCACUUUCACCAUGGGCCGCCUAGACGGGAAGGUGGUGGUGGUGACAGCAGCUGCCCAAGGCAUCGGGCGCGCUGCAGCCCUGGCCUGUGCGAGGGAAGGCGCCAAAGUCGUCGCCGUCGACAUCAACGCGGCCAAGCUGCAGGAAUUGGAAGCGCACCCAGGCAUCCAGACCCGCGUCAUGGACGUCACGAAAAAGAAACAGAUUGACCAGUUUGCCAGCGAGGUGGAACGAGUGGACGUGCUCUGUAAUGUGGCUGGCUUCGUGCACCACGGCACCAUCCUGGACUGUGAGGAGCAGGACUGGGACUUCUCCAUGAAUCUCAAUGUGCGCAGCAUGUACCUGAUGAUCAAGGCUCUUCUGCCCAAGAUGCUGGCUCAGAAGUCUGGCAACAUCAUCAACAUGUCCUCAGUUGCAUCCAGCAUCAAAGGUGUGGUGAAUAGAUGUGUGUACAGUGCCAGCAAGGCGGCUGUCAUCGGGCUCAGCAAGGCAGUGGCUGCGGACUUCAUCCAGCAAGGCAUCCGCUGCAACUGCGUGUGCCCUGGAACUGUAGACACCCCGUCUCUACAGGAAAGGAUCCAGGCCAGGCCGGACCCCACAGAGGCACUGAGUGAUUUCCUAAAGAGGCAAAGGACGGGAAGAUUCGCCACAGCGGAGGAAGUGGCUCUGCUCCUCGUGUACCUGGCCUCAGAUGAGUCUGCCUACAUCACGGGUAGCCCCAUGGUCAUUGAUGGAGGCUGGAGCCUGUGACCCUAGACCACCAGGAUGGCUCAUCU